CACUGAGUCACUGCAACAUUCUUCUUACAAACCCCAGUGUUCUUAUGUCCGGCUCCUGGUGGUAAUUACCCCUUAUCCAGUUUCCCCGAGUGGGCUUCUCCGAGCUUGUCGGCCCUAAGUACUUGAUUCAGCUAUGUACCUGACGAACAUCUCCGACAACCCGAGUCUGUUGAGAGUUGGGCGGAUUUAGAAACGCCUCAGUACAUUCCAGCCAUAGGAAAAGAGAGAUGCGGGAAAUAAUCCUGCCAACAAGUCGGCGUUUUGCUCGAGUAGGUAGCUUCGUCCGACGAAUUCGUAUAUAUAUAUAACAGGAGAAUCCGGCUGUGAUUCAGGCUUCAAUCAUCUAGAUUUUUCUCCAUCUUUUUUGUCUCAUACAUUAGUUAACUAUUUCUUCUGACUUACUAAAUCAUGUCUCAGCACCAACCUCAUCCUCGUCCUGGAGGCUCUCGCGAGGAUGACCGGGAGCUGAAGCUCCUCCAUUUCAUCUACGGCCAACCGAACCGAGAUGAAAUCCAAGGCAACCCCCAAAAAGUGCUCGACCUCAUGGACGAAUUCGGCAAGACAUACCACUUCAUGAACGUCGGUCCCGAGAAGGGCAAGUUCGUGACAGACAUCAUUGAAGAGCGCAAGCCCGGCACCAUGAUCGAACUCGGCUGCUACAUGGGGUACUCUGCGAUUCUCUUCGGCGACGCGGUGCGCCGGAACGGGGGUAAGCGCUACUACAGUCUCGAGCUCAACCCGGAAUACGCAGCCAUCGCCAACAUGCUGGUGGAUCUAGCGGGGCUGCGCGAUUUCGUGCGCAUCAUCGUUGGUCGGAGCGAUGUCUCGCUGCAUAAGCUGUUCACCGGCCGGGAGGUGACGCAGGUGGAAGUUCUCUUCAUCGACCACUACAAGCCUGCGUAUACCACGGACCUGAAGUUGUGCGAACAGUUGGGAAUGAUUGUGCCGAACGUGUCCGUUUUGGCGGCGGAUAAUGUGAUUUAUCCGGGGAACCCGCCUUAUCUGGAGUAUGUGCGUAGCUCGGUGGAGGAGAAGCGCAAGGCAGCCGAACGAGGCCCGACCAAGUCCUAUGAUACCAGUGGGUUCCAACGACGCACGGUGCAGUCCUUCAUGCUGGAGGAUGACAUCCCGAGUUUUGAGAUUCUCGGUAACCCGAACCUGGUUUAUGAGAGUGUUCUCCGGCAACCAGAGGGAUGUCGGGAUGCGGUCGAGGUGACUCGGUGUGUGGGGAUCCGAGAGUAAGUUAUGGAGGGGCUGCUGGAUAAGUAGACCAUGCACGAUAGUUACCUAGAGGAUGGGCAAUAAGCAAUGUGAUCAGUUAUUAAGGACCACGAAUAUGAUCCGGAUG